AUGCAGACCCUCGCAUCCAGCAUCAACACCUACGAGCAGCAGUAUAUCGACACCUUCCAGAUGACUCUCAACGACAGGCGCAACCUGCAGACGGUGUCGAUCCUCGGUGGAAGGCUCGGGGAGGGCCUCCUAGCAGGGACGACGCUGGGGAGCAACGAGCACGCCGAUGCCCUCCUCGACUACUGGCCAAGCCACUGGAUCCACCCGACGGGUUACCAUGUCACCACCGGCUGCCGGCACACGGAGACGGCAUACAGGGCAUUCGACACCUGGAUGUCCGUCGAUUACGACACUGCCACCGACGAGCGCUACCUUGUGCUCGACACGCGGAGACUGCAGAACGAGACGCUGCUUCGCAAUUACUUUGGUGCCGCCUCCACCUGCAGCUCGGCAUCCUACGGCAUGCCCAUGUGGGAGACCAACAACGUGAGGCUCCAAAGCCGAUGGGCCAGCGGGCAGAGGAUGGAUCCCACACAGCCCAUCAAGGCGGACACCGCCCCCUCUGGCACCUUUGUGCAGUCCACGGCUGCAACGAGCUGGAGCGAUGUCCCAAGCAACGGCCGGCAGUCGGACCAAUCCUUCCCAUCGUCGGGCAUGCUAUACCGCUGGUGGCCAGGCAUGCUCCCAGCGGUAUCCUGGCCCCAGUCGAGCACCGACCUGCAGCGCUACCGCCUCCCCAAUCACACGGCGGUGGGAUGGAACGGGGACUGCGGCCAGACCGACUUCUUUACCUGCACCGCGGACGGGGACUGCGUCUCACUCUAUGGGGAGGGUUUCAAGUGCCUGAGGGCAUGGUCGGACGCGGAGGGGAAGGAGAUGGACGGGGUGUGCGUAGUGCAGAAUGCAUUGGCAAUGGAAUGCUACCAGAACUAUCACUGCGGUGCUUCCGGAAGGGUCUGCACCGGCAUGGGAACCUGUGUGGAUCCGCACGUCAUGCUGCGGAACUACGCCCCGUGGCCCGUGGAGAUGCAUGUCAAUUCGGAGGCAUGCGGCACGGAGACCCUCGGUCAUUCACCCUGGCAGAACUCGCAGGACUUCCUCUCCCGGCACGGGCUCUGCGGCUUCCGCUCCUGGUUCGAGUACGAGCAGCUGAUCGCCCGCUCCGGGGUUGCGGGUGCUGCAACAGCGACACUGGCAAAUAUCCCCGAUGACAUCCAAUGGCCCAGCACAGACCCAUACCUCACCGACGCGCAGAUACGGCUCGACAUGUUCGACCGCGGGAUCCUGAAGAUGGAGCCUCACACCUGCGAUAUGGACUACCAGUUCCAGUUCCCAUCCUGUGUCGGCAAUCCAUCCACCACCGUCGACGGCCUCGGGAUCCCCUUGCCGGUGGAGGCACAGGGGGAGACUACCAGGACCUGGGUCUCGUCGGGUGACAACAAGUGGUCCCUGCAGCUCUGCAAGCUCGGCAGCCUGGAGAGGAAGAGGACGGGAUUCCUGGCCCCUUACCAGGGGUACAACCGUGAGGACUCCUUUGGGAACAUAUCCCUCUCCCUCUCCAUGUGCUCCGAACUGCAGAUCUGCUUCUUGCAGGACUUCUAUGUCAUGGGAUACAAGAUGCAGGGCAGGCUGAUCAACAGGCUCAACCUGCAGAACCUUGGCACGAGGAGGGAUGCCUACACCCUGCAGGAUGCACUGUAUUGCGGCAGUGCCGGAUAUCUUGUGGAUCUGUCAACCUCCUCCACAACCCUGACGGAUGGGGUCCCAUGCCGUAUGGACCCAUUGACCAACCCCAUCGCGCGCAUGCUAUGCGAGGACUACGACGUCCUCAAGGCCUCCUGUCAGUUCAAUCCUUCGUACAUCAACGAGCAGGCAGUAGGCACCCUCUGCCGCUACUACAAAUACAGCUAUGCAUUGGCAGACCGGAACAAGGUGGCAAGCGCGCUGAACGAUAUCCUGCUCCGUGGUUUCAAGCGAGGUUUCAACACCUGGGAGGAGUACCAGCAGCAAGCAGUGUGCAUCGCGAAUGUGUACAAUACGAUGUCGCUCUACGCGCAGUCCGAAUCAACCAACGAGGCAACACAGUGGUAUGCAUACGAGUUCGAGCCCGGGGUGCCCACCUACUUCUACCCCUACAUGACGCUGUACUUUUAUGAUGACGCCUCACAGAUGGAGAUCCCGAUGAAAUGGUGGGCGCAGUGCGUCAUUCUAGACGGCGACGUGAACAUCGACGGCAUGAUCGCCGGCAACAUCGAUCAAGUGCCCUGUGCGGGCUGGAAGAACUCACACACCGCGGGCUAUCAACCAUCGACGGUGAGGCAAUUCCUGAUGAUGGCCAAUGCGCUGUACUUGCAAUCAUCGAGGCGGGCGGUGGUGAACCAAGACCAGAUUGCCCUCAGCAUCUACGACACGCUGUACUCGAAGCUGCUCCAAGCGCAGGCCGACGUCACGGCAGCGAUGGGCUAUUCCUCGCACCCUGAGUACAUCAACCUGACUUACGUGCAGCUGCGCAAGCUCCAGAGCCGUUACAACCACGAUUGGGCGUACAACCAAUACACCACCUCGAGCGAUGUCAUCUCCGACAGCACCAAGAUCACCAACACGGACCCUGUCUAUCAGGACGACGGCGGGCUCCCAGCCGACGACGGAAUCCCAGCGCUGCUCACCCAGGUCCUGCACUUCAUCCUCAGCGGUGACAUCAACCUGGGAUACGCCGCUGCCAACUCGGGGGUGAACCGCACGGCGAGGGCAAACCUGGCAUUCCAGAGGGCGGAUUUCGCGGCAGACUUCCUGUCUCGAGACAAGCAGUACUUCGAUGCCACCAGCGGCAUCCUGCAGUACAACUUCCCGAAUAUCUUCCGGCGAUUCCUAGACUCGGAGCUCGACUCGAUCCUGUCCUCCGUGCUGCGUGAAGAUGAGCCGCUGGAGGAUUUUACCUACGGAGACGUGCAAUACAACGGUGCACUGUUUCGAAGGUAUCAGAGCCUCAUACGGGACAACACGCUGCAAACCACCGCAUGCCUGUACAGCAACUUCCCCGGUUACGAGCCUGGGAUCACCAAGAACCUGGAUCAAGAUCCCGAGGUUCGACUGUGUGACUCUGCGCAGAACUGCCGUUCCAUCAAUGUCUGCAAUCCAACCCCAUCCUACGACCAACGCACGGGGCAGUCCUGCGAUUUGCUUCAUGCUUCGCAGGAUGACAGGUGCACCAACACGUACCUCAACGCCCCAGGGGUGAACGGUGGGAAUAACAUCUCCAUGCAGACGCAUUGCAAGCAGUUCCUCUUUGUGCGGGACAUACAAAGCGCCGUCAACCCUUCGCUGGCCUCGGUGCAGUUCACAACCAUUGAUCUCGACGUCACCAACCCAGCUGGCGACAUCUGCUUGCAACGUGGCACUUCCACAUCGACUGGCCCCAGGUUGGACCGCACGGACCUGACAGGGAACCGGCAGGUGAUUGGCGGGUAUAUGGAUUCGACGACGUACUCGCGGGUGUACGUCAACGGCAGGCCGGGGGACGCGACGGUGAUCUCACAGAUGGUCUCCUCGGCGGACGGCUAUAUCGAGGUUGGGGGGCUGUUCGAGGGGUACAUUCAGGAGAUCCUCGUCUUUAACAAGAAGCUGAACAGCUCGCAGACGUCGUCUGUCAAUCAGUACCUCUCGAAGAAGUGGUCCAUCAGCCCGCGCGUGAUGGACUCGGACUCGGACGGCACGAUGGACUGGUGGGAUGCGGAGAGCGGGGCGAUCCCGUGCCAUGCGUGCCCUCCCGGCCAGCGCCUCUCUUACGGCACCUGCGUGUCCUGCGUCGCUGGCAAGUAUGGCCCUCACGGGGACUCCUGCGCGUGGUGUCCGAUCUCUUCCAACAUCGUCGGCGCCUCCUCGAAGGGCCAGUGCUCCUGCGGGCCUGGCUACUACCGCUACUCGGCGGACCGGUGCAUGGAGUGCCCGGCGGGGUUCUACUGCCCGGCGAUGUGCAGCGGGUGA